AAAAAAAUUGUAUUGAAUUCGCAAUGGCUUAAUUAUUUGAUUUGGAGUAAAUUUGGAUGCUUAUUUCUUGAUUAAUGGUUAUUUUGAUAAUUUUGAUUUUUGCCGUUGGGGACGCUCAAUACAAACGAUCACCUUCGUGCCUCAGACUAGGAAACGGUUUUGCGUGGGAGGGGUAGGUCUGGGGUCUGAUUGGCUAAAAAGUGCUGUGGCGCAAAAGGUACAAAGCAAAACCGUCCUCCUAGUCUGAGCUUGCUGAGAUAAAUAUGUAGGUAAGUAUUGUACAUACAAGUCUGUAUAUGCGAUAAGUACCUAUAAGAUAAGAUAAGACAAAAAGAUUUCGUCAAGUUUGAUAGUCUCGUUAUGUGGGCACCAAAGGGCCUUUUACACUUGCCUUCACGUUGUAUAAAAAAACAAAAAAACAAAAAACAUACAUCUACCUAGGUAUAUACGAUAUUGAAAACAAUAUCUCAAACCUGGGAAAACAUAUGCAUGCUACCCUAUAGCUCAUGUCCCUGGGGAUCACAUCACUUGGGAGAGCCCCAAGUUACACAGCUCGUGUCAAAGGGCUCUCACUGUUCCCCAGGGAGCAGCAAUACAAGCCAUCGAUUUUCCAGCUAUCACAGCUAUCAAAUUCGCGGCAAUGGCUCUCGACAUCUACAAGGAAGAUGGAAACAUCCCCAACAAUAUCAAGAAGAGAUCGUAUCAUAAGUCAACUUUUGCGUGGCAAAUCUCGUUCGGCAUUAUUUAGGGCCGUACAGGGACAAGUAAUUAAGAAGAAGCUUGGUUCAGUACCGAAUGAACCUAUACUCGUGAAGCUGCCGGUUCAAUAUCCCAAUAAGUACAAAUCGAUUGCUAGCUUUCGCAGGUUUAGGAGGAGCGUGGCGAGACAAUAUCUACACGAUGAUCGACAUGAAGCUGCUGCCAGAAUGCCGAAUACUUGGCGCUCGACGCUCGAUUUCAUGCUACGGCACACGCACAAGGUCGGAGCCGAGCUAUUUUUUCGAAUCAUCAUAGGAAAGGGGCGUGCCGCAGAAGCGUAUGCGGCGCUUUCAGUACCUGACACACGCCUUUCAGAGAUUGGUCGAAGAAACGAAUGCCUCAUCCAGUUCGAGCAAUCCCACUCCCAAAAUGGCGAGUUGAGUCUUAGCGUAGCUGGCCCCGAAAAGUCUGUCCGAAAAUCGAUAAUAGAAAUUAUCGAUAUAGUAGGUAAGAUUACCGCCAUCAGGCUAAUUGAUCCAAAAUGGAAACCCUUUUUGUCGGGUCUGAUGACGGCGGUUACCGUAAAGCAAUCGAGCAUUCGACGUCUAGGGGAUAGGGAGGCUGCAGAAGACAACAACACCUUGACUCUAAUCGGUCCUCCUUCUACUGCCCCUGAAAGAAUGUACAAAUCUUACACUUUGUCGAAGCGCGCCGACGAGAUCGAACAACCUACGAUAUGGACCAGGAUUUCUUUCGAGGAAUACGUCGCUGCGCUGGUUCAGGCCGAGGUUCCUACCCAUGUAGCGCGAGCUCUAUAUCCCAAUUUCCCUGACCACCAAGCCACCGUUGUAUCACUCCUCGUUAACUUGUUCACUUCGGAAGAGACCAAAUCGGCAAUAUCUAUGUCUGCCUUGAAGAUGGCUAUUAAAUACAUAGAAUCCAAGGGCUCCGGAUUUCGCCAAGCGUCUCGAAUCAUAUUCAGCCAGGUCGAGCUGCUGGAAAUUCCUAUGGACGCCGAGAUAUUCGGCAUAUUUCUCGCCAGUGCCUCCAGGGCCAGGGACCUUGGGGGCUUUAAUAGUAUAAUAAGAUCGAUGGUCAAGAAAGGAUUUUCCCCCGAUGGCCGUGCUUGGGUCGCAUUUAUAGAGAUGAUAGAGCACGUGGAAGUCAAGCGCUUUGUCUCAGCGAGAUUAGGGGCCAAGGGGCUACGUCGCAAUCCUUCGAUACUUCGCGCAGUUGGUAGGCAGAUGGCAGUACCCAAUCUUGAGUAUCAACCUUCGUUGGUAGAACAUAUUGAGGGAUACUUGCUCCACCAGACAAAAAAGUAUGGAGUGGGAUGGCUAGACACAAUCACACUCAAUAAGCUUGUGGCCAAUCUUGGCGCUCGGGACGAGUGGAAAGCUUGUGACGAUUUACUCAGGGUGGUAUAUGCCUCGCGAAUGGCCUCGCCAAAUGCGGCCACACUGAAUACGUUGCUGACCCAUACGAUGAGCUUAGAGGAUAAGGUAGCGUUGAUGGGAACCAUGCCAACACGAUUUCCGGGUUGGGCAUCGGAGUUGGUGCCAAAUGAUAUCACCUAUCAUUUACUGUACCGAGCUGCUUGGCUCAGACGAUACCCCAACACAGUCGGGGUAGUAUGGCGAUAUGCCGUACUUGCGCGUCAAACCAACGGGGGAAUGCGGCGCGCCCUGUCGCGGAUCCUCGAACCGGGACCCAAGUUGGGGGGUCGGCGUGCAUUUAUGAAGAUGUGCGAAAACAUGAUAUUCGGAGAAGCAGAUCUAGCGGAGGUGCGAGCAUCUCGAGGGCUGGCUGACGCAACAGACAUGAUAAGACAUUAUACAGAAAAGGCGAAGGGCAUGAGGCCAGGUGUGUGGCUCGCGGACAAGCUUCAGGAAGCAUUAGGCAUGGACGCGACAAUACACCGAACCCAGAAGAAUGGCGAAGUCUUGACAACUGAGGCCAUGAGGCUUCUCACGGUGAAAAUACUGUUGACGACAGAGGAAGAGUAUCGAGCUAGUUAUUCUAUAUUUAGAAAAACAUAAUGCAGAUACAUUCUUCUGAGUUGGACGAUGGAGUUUCGAGAGUACAGAUGUAGUAUAUGUAUCUUGAAUAGAACUGUAGAGUUUCGAGAGUACAUAUGCUGUAUAUAUAUCUUGAAUAAAACUGAAGAGUAUCUCGAAGGGACAUCCAACUAUGUAACCUUAUAUAUAUAUAGUAGUGUUGGUUCACUAAUGGGGUUUAUUGGAAUAUUUAGGUAAAUGAUAUUUCAAUGUUGUAAAUAACCUCUGAAAAUGUAAC